AUGACGACUGCUUCCUCGCUGGGCUUUUCCGCGAUGGAAGCUCCAUCUAUUGACGACUCGAUGGACAUGGCCUCCCCUUAUCAAGGCCACGCGGAUGAUUUCGAUAUCGAUCUGGAUGUGAUGGAGGCUCAGGUCUCACAUGUGGAUGAUGAUCUAAUGGUAGCAGACGCGUCCCCGGAACCUGGUCAUCCCACAGGCUACGAUCAAGAGGUAUCGAAUGAUGCGGAUAUGACCGAUGAUGUUGCCGAACAAGCGAUGGUCGACGCCGAUGACGAGCAGCAAGAGACGUCUGCCAUCGAUAUAGGGUUUCAAAUAGAGGAGACCUACGAAGCCGAGAUGCUAGAGGACGAUUACGAUGAAGAUAUCGAUGCUCCUGUACAAGUUUCCGAAGGGGGCCCCCUUGGAGUUGAUGAAACGACAGAAACUUCUCACGGGGAGGUAGAGCCCGAUGUGACGGAGGAGAAGAGCCUUCUUGGUGAUGAGAAUGAACAACACGCCGCGGUCCCUCCCUCCGAACCCGCUAAAAACGACGAUCAUCACCAGAAUCAUCAUGAGGAAGUUGCAGAUGACGGUACUCAAACGGAAAGAAUUGUGGGAGAUGAAGAAGAUAAAGAUGCGCAUGAGGAGGAGGAAGAGCAUCCCCACCCUCAACCCCAAGUACAACAACACGAUGAAGAAAAAGAAAAAGAAGAACAGCAAGAACAAAAUCCUGAUCACACUAACAAAACAGAUUCGGGGGAUAUUCAGCCAGAACGUAGUACCGAAGAACACGCUGAAGCAGAAGAACAUGACGAUGCAACUCGACAGUCUCCUCAAACGCACACCGACAAUACCUCCCACGAAGAAGCCAAAUUCACUGAAGCGCAACAGGCCCCUGAAAUGGCCGAACAAUAUGGAGCAUCUUCGAACAGGGCUCCUCUUCAUCCGGUCAAGAUUCUCUAUCAGGACAACGUCAUCUCGCUCUUUCCCCCCUUGGAAGGGGAUUCCUCCGAGACCUUUUUCCUUGAGGAUGAGGACCUGGCCUAUGAAGGCUUUGGCAAGAUAUUCGAGUCUUUUCGUGAAGUACUGCAAGAUCAUAUUGAUAACGAUGAGAUCCUGGUGGUGGAUAUUGACCCCUUGGGUCUUACAUUGACAGAGGACUCCUCAUAUCUAUCCCAGAUCACACUGCACCAAGUUGUCGAUCUGUACACUCAUCUCUGUCACAACGACGGCGCUAAUGAGCCAGAGGCUCUGUAUCUUACCCUCAGCACUAAACUGAGUGUCGCCGCUGAGCUUGCGACCUUGGUUGCUCUUGCAAACAAGGGGAAAGGCCUGUCACAGCUCCACCUUGAUGAGGAAUAUGAUGAAGAGUAUCAGUUCUCUGCAGAGACUGAUCCUGGCCAUCCCGAAUCUGUCGCAGAGCACGAGUCUCCUGAGCACGCCGGACCGAGUGAGGAGAAUCUCGAUGAUAAUGUUCCUGAGAUUCCCAGGACAGAAGAUGCCCAUGAGACGACAAAGGUUGAACCUCCUUUGCAAGAGACUCCGCAGGACCCAGAGGUCAAGCCGCACAGCAGCCAUGAGAAUGGCGACCUUGGUGAUCCUGCAGAAGAUGUUGUUCAAAGUGAAAAUGUCCCUGGAGAAGAGGUGGUUGAGACUCACCAUGAUGAUGACUUUUAUCAUGAAGAAGAGGAAGGGAAAGAAGUUGAUGAAGAAGUCGAUGAAGAAGUCGAUGAAGACUCCAAAUCCCAUGCUGACGACAUCUCCCAUGACGUCUCGGCCGAUGCAGAACUACAAGAGAUAGACGAGGCCCAGCAGAGCGAGUCUUCAGUCACUCUAGGUCACUCUGUGGCCAUCUCGGAGCAUGAACAGUAUCAAGACAAACCGUUGGAAAACGUUGAAGAGGCAGUUGAGCAGUAUGGCGUUGCUGAUCAAGACGGCCCGCUUGACUUCCAAGACAAUCAUGACGCUGACCAUACCGCCGUCCCUCCAUAUGACACUAGUCUCGAUGCUGAAGGCCGCGAAGAGAUUGGCCCUGAAGAGCAUGCGUCAGCUGACGGCGAGGAUGACGAGGCUUACGAGCCACAAGAAGAAACCGUCGAAGUUUAUGAUGACCAUCGCGAAGAAUAUUCGACCGAGAAUGUACCGGAAGGCGAUGAGGGGCAUACACCCGAGCCGGCUGAAGAUUUCCUUGGCAUCGCCGAUGAUCUAUUUCAGAGUCCGGUGAAAAAGGCCGUCAAUUCCGCCGAGACACAAGUGGAGGAACAGAAACAGCAUGAACCCGAGGAAUCCCACGAGGCGGACGAAGACGCGUUUCCGGCAGACGAUGACUUGCACGAGGCGUCUGAAGGUUUCGAUUUUGACGAAGAAGACGAGUAUGUCGAUCUGGGUCUACCGCCGGAAGGGGAGCUUGAGGGCACGAGUCCCGAACCGAUCAGCAGCUCAACCAAGCGAGUCCGUGAAGACGAGGAUGACUUUGAGGUCACCGAGCUGGAUACCCCCGUUAUCAAACGAACUCGGUCCUCGUAA